AUGAUCUGUGAGAAGCUAGUCUUUGUUCCUCUGUGGAGGAUUCCUCUGGUUCAGCUGGAAGAGGAUCUUUUCAGAAAGCCUGCCAUGUUUCUGUGUCUGAAGAACAUCCGAACAUUCCUGAAAGUGUGCCAUGAUAAGUUUGGCCUGAGGAACAGUGAGCUGUUUGAUCCCUUCGAUCUCUUUGACGUGAGGGACUUUGGGAAGGUGAUCUCUGCGCUGUCCAGAAUCUCCCACAACAGCAUUGCACAGAUCAAAGGCAUCAGGCCCUUUCCAUCAGAGGACACAGCGCUGAAUGAAGAUGAUGUGUACCGGAGCUUGGAGGAGCUGGCAGAUGAGCAUGAUGUGGGAGAGGAUGACAUAUAUGACUGCGUCCCCUGUGAGGACGAUGGGGACGACAUCUACGAGGACAUCAUCAAGGUGGAGGUUAGACAGCCCAUGAUAAGAUACAUGCAGAAAAUGGGCAUGACGGAAGAUGAUAAGAGAAACUGCUGCUUAGUGGAGAUUCAGGAGACAGAGGCAAAGUACUACAAGACACUGGAGGACAUUGAGAAGAAUUAUAUGAUCCCCCUAAAGCAAGUGUUAACACAGCAGGAUAUGGAGGCCAUAUUUGUGAAUUUAGAGGACAUCAUCAAGGUCCAUUUUGCUCUGUUGAGGGCCAUUGACCUGACCAUGGUGAGCGGGGGAAAUGGCUUGGGAAAGAUCUUUCUGGACUUCAAGGAGAGACUGCUGAUCUACGGCCAGUACUGCAGCCAUAUGGAGAACGCUCAGAAGACACUGGAUGAGCUGAUUGCCACACGGGAAGAUGUCAAGUGUAAAGUGGAGGAGUGUACCAUGAAGGUCCAGGAGGGGAAAUUUAAACUGCAGGAUCUCCUGGUGGUCCCUAUGCAGAGGGUCCUCAAAUACCACCUUCUGCUUAAGGAGUUAGUAAGUCACUCUAUGGACCGCCCGGAGAGACAGCAGCUUAAAGAGGCACUAGAAGCCAUGCAGGACCUAGCAAUGUACAUCAAUGAGGUGAAGAGAGACAAUGAAACCCUGAAGAAAAUAAGUGAAUUUCAGAGCUCAAUAGAAAAUCUACAAGUGAAGUUAGAGGAAUACGGCAGGCCGAAGAUAGAUGGAGAGCUUAAAGUGUGCUCUAUAGUUAACCGAACCAAACAAGACAGAUACAUCUUCUUGUUUGAUAAAGUUGUUAUUGUUUGCAAGAGGAAAGGCUAUAACUACGAGUUAAAAGAGAUCAUCGAACUUCACUUCUACAAGAUGUCCGAUGACCCUAUGAAUAACCGUGACAUGAAAAAGUCGAGUGGAAAAAUGUGGUCCUAUGGCUUCUACCUGAUCCAUCUGCAGGGGAAACAGGGCUUCCAGUUUUUCUGCAAGACAGAAGACACCAAGCGCAAGUGGAUGGAGCAGUUUGAGAUGGCCAUGUCAAACAUCAAACCCGAAAGAGCCACUGCCAACCAGCACAACUUCCAAAUGCACACGUUUGAAAAGAACACCAACUGCAGAGCCUGUAAAAUGCUGCUGAGGGGUAUUUUCUACCAGGGAUACUACUGUUCACGUUGUGGGACCGGCGCCCAUAAGGAGUGUCUGGAGGUCAUUACCAUCUGCAAAAUAAGUCCUCAUGAUUCGGAGCCAGGGCUUCCACAAUCAGGUCCAAAGAUGGUGGCCAUAAGAAAUUACCAUGGUACCCCUGCCCCACCAGGCAAGAUGCCUCUCUGCUUUCAGACAGGCGAAGUCAUUGAGCUCCUGAAGGGAGAUCCAGACACAUCAUGGUGGGAGGGCAAACUCAUCCAAACCCAAAAGACUGGCUUCUUCCCCAGUUCCAGUGUGAAACCAUGUCUAGACCCAAAGCCUUUCCAGUCUCUUUCUAGCCGUCAGUCCUCCAGAGAGACAGAUUACAACGUUUAUCCCUGGUUUGCAGGAAACAUGGAGCGACAGCAGGCCGACAACCUGCUUAAGUCUCAUAGCAGCGGCACCUAUCUGAUCCGAGAGAGGACGGCGGAGGCCGAGAGAUUCGCAAUCAGCAUCAAGUUUAAUGAUGAAGUGAAGCAUAUUAAAGUUGUUGAGAAAGACAACUGGAUUCACAUCACAGAGGCAAAGAAGUUUGAUAGCCUCCUGGAGCUUGUGGAGUAUUAUCAGAGUCAUUCACUGAAAGAGAGCUUUAAGCUGUUGGACACCACAUUACGGUACCCUUACAAAUCUAGGGAACGCUCAAGUUCUCGCACCAAUACCCGUUCACCAGCCACCUGUGCUUCCUACAACUUCUCCUUCCUCAGUCCUCAGGGCCUCAACUUCUCCUCUCAAAGCUCUGCUCCCUUCUGGUCAGUAUUCACACCCAGGGUAGUUAGCACAGCUGUGGCGCGAUACAACUUUGCUGCUCGAGACAUGAGAGAGCUGUCCCUGCGAGAGGGGGACAUCGUCAAGAUCUACAGCAAGAUUGGUGGAGACCAAGGCUGGUGGAAAGGAGAGGCCAACGGCAGGAUUGGAUGGUUCCCCUCUACAUACGUCGAUGAGGAGGGGGUGCAGUGAGACUCUGGGGUCAAAGAUCAUCCAAUAAAAUCCGCAGCCCUCUGAGAGGACUCUGAUUUCCAUGGCAACAUCUCAUGGAAGUCUUUUUCGCUGGAAUUCAUUUUACAAUGAAUAUUUGUACUUUUGUCUUCUUUUGUCGUGUACGAAUAUGCUUUUUUCCCUUUCUCGGAAUGUCUGUGUGAUCUCUGUGAAGAAAACUGCUCCGAGUCUGUUUCGUUCUCAGCGUUGGGAGGAGGAAACUGUGAAAGAGCAGAACUUUGCCUUGAAGUGGCCAAAGGACAAGCAUGGCUUUAAGUUUGUACAGAAAUACCUGUAAGGUGCGCUGGGGUAUAAUGGGGGGUGGGGAUGUAUAAAAUUAUAUAUGAAUAUAAUUUAUUAAAGAGAUAUAUCUAUGAUUAAAAUGCAAUGUUGAACAUUUGUUUAACAGCAGCAGCGCAAAGAAUAUAUUAUGAGAGCAGAAAAGAUGCACUUUGCAUUUCUUUACAGAGAGAAUUUGCCUUAGUAAAUGGUAAUGCCUUUAGAGGUGGCGGUAAAGAGAUGGAUUCAGACUCAUCUUGCACAUACACACUCAUACAUCUGCCCUGUCCAGAAAUACGGUGCCUUUUCGUACAUGUUCUUCACUCCCAACAGAGUCUCAUUUGUAUAGCUGCAGCGUUAACGCCCCGUUCUGUAGCGGUGCACUCUCACGGCCCUAUCCGCCCGUUCAGCUGGACGCUGCUCAAUUAGAAGACCAUAAAAGAGACUGAACAUUUCUUGAACUGGAAUGAGCAGAUGACCAGAUCUGCUCAUCAUCUCACUGGAACGAAGAGGCAGCUAACCGAAAGCAUUCGGUCAUGGCUGGAAUUGCUUGGACAAUGAAGGAUACAAGCACCAUUAUGUCUUUCUCUUCCUUCAAGAGGAUGCAGAAGUACAAUGGAGUGUCAGGAGGAGGUUCAGUGAAUGCUGUUUCUGUGAUUUCUACAUUCUCAGUGGUCCAAAUUUGGACUAAAAAGGGAAUGCUGAUUUUUAUGAAUACCCAGAGGUUUUUGUGAGAUUUUUUUGUCGUCUUCUACAAGCACAUACAUUUUGCCAUUCCACGUUUCUUGUCUGCAGCCUGCCACAUUACAGUAUCUUGCCUUACUGGUGGACACAACUUGGUGCUACAUUGAAAUCCCUGAGUUUGGGCAGAAUUUUUUUUAUGCUGUUGUGGACGAGGAAACCCACUGCUGAAGAACCUCAGCCAUCAAGUGCACUUUAUAUGUCCAGAGACCUUUUAACACAGGACACCACACUGCAGAUCUGGACAUUAAAAUUUCAUAGUAUUUAAAACAAUUUUGAAAUGUACUUAUUUUUACCUCUGGAACGAGAAAAAACAGUAAUAUCCUUGACACUAUGAGCAGCGGUCCCUCAAAGUUGAACAUUACCUGUAAACUCCGUAAGUGCAUGGAUGUGUCCCUCAUACAGUCCUUGGAGACAAACCUUUUGCUGUUGCCGGCCAUCAGAAAUUGAAGCCGUAAAUCGAGGUUGGAGAGUGCUAGACUGUAGUAAAGCAUCGGACGUGUUUUAGCUGCGCUCCAGGCUUGAGUACAGCUGUCUGCAGUGAUGGAGCAGUGCAGCUCAGGUCAGGGUAGCGCUGGCUUUGGGGCUUAGUACCUGUUUGUGUAGUGGACAAAAAACACAUUGCAUGUGGUCAUAGAUAUUACAACUGCUGUCCGUGAAUCCAGAAAAAAGAUGUU